AUGGUUGAAGAAUACGAACCUCAAUUAGAUUAUUUAACUGGACAAAAUUAUGGUGAAAAUAUUUUGAUGGAAGAGGACGAAUUUCUUUUUACUCCAUAUGCAAUGAGUGGAGGGCAGAUGGAAUUUAUAGAAAAUAAUUGGGAAGUGAAGAAAAUAAAUUCAGAAAAAAUUUUUGACUGCUAUGAAAACAAUGGAAAUAAUCAAUCUAUUGAGAUAAUACAUCCAUAUCAACAGAUAUGAUUAAAAGAAUGAUAGGUAUUUUAAAAGGAUGAUAGAUAUGAUUAAAAGGAUGAUUUUUCGAGAGGUUCCUAUUGUUGAGGAGGGGGGGGGGGUUGGAAAUUUUUUGACUCAAAAAGGGAAAUGUGGAUAUUUAAACUCUAAAAUUCCCCAACCUUAAAAGAUAGGUCCUACCCUAAUUUUCGAGGGUUUCUUUAUUUUAUUUGGGGGUUUGAUCCUUUUAGAAUUGAACUUGGUCUGUUUUUUAGUUUCUUGGUUAACCCAUAUCCACUGAAAUGCUUUUUAAAUUUACUCCAAUUCUCUUCAAUAUUAAUAGACCUUUUAUUAAAUUCUUUAAAUCAUUUACUCACCCAUUCAUUUACCUACCCUUUUUGUACUUUUUUAUUCCAAUUCUUGUUAUUUUCUAAAAACUUCUCUUCACUAUAUUCUUAUCUUCACUCCUUUAUUUC